ACUCGCGCGGGACUGCGCGGGUCAGACGGGACCGACUGGGGCGAGGCCUGGGGAGCGGGAAGGGGAGCGAGGAUUCAUUAACUGCACUGUAGAACGCGGGGCCCGGGACCCCUCUCCUCUGCUGAUGCACAGAUGCCUGCAACCAGGCUGUUAACCCGGGCCGGGCUAAGGAAAGAGGUCGGUGCCAGGUCUGGCCUUGCCAGCCCUGGUGAACAUCAGCGCUGCGGAGGGGCCGUCGCUCACAAGAGUCCAAAGCACUCUUGUGUCUUUAAGGGGCAGGCAGGGCUCACAGCGUGCUCGAUUGCGUCAUUGCCGUGCGCCUCGGGCCGCGGCCUCCACGUGGGCUCCGUGGAGAAACCCUGGACUGGGGAUCAUGGCUGGAGCCCAGGCCGCGCAGCCCCAGAAGCGCUACUAUCGGCAACGUGCCCACUCCAACCCGAUAGCCGACCAUACGCUGCGCUACCCUGUGAAGCCAGAGGAGAUGGAUUGGUCUGAGCUAUACCCAGAGUUCUUCACUCCACUGACUCAGAAUCAGAGCCAUGAUGACCCAAAGGAUGAGAAAGAAAAGAGAGCUCAGGCCCAAGUCGAGUUUGCAGACAUAGGCUGUGGCUAUGGUGGCCUGUUAGUGGAACUGUCACCACUGUUCCCAGACACGCUGAUCCUUGGUCUGGAGAUCCGGGUGAAAGUCUCAGACUAUGUACAAGACCGGAUUCGGGCCCUACGAGCAGCUCCUGGAGGUGGUUUCCAGAACAUCGCCUGUCUCCGUAGCAAUGCCAUGAAACACCUUCCUAACUUCUUCUACAAGGGCCAGCUGACGAAGAUGUUCUUCCUCUUCCCUGACCCACAUUUCAAGCGGACGAAGCACAAAUGGCGAAUCAUCAGUCCCACACUGCUAGCAGAAUAUGCCUACGUGCUGAGAAUUGGAGGGCUGGUAUAUACCAUAACUGAUGUCCUGGAGCUACAUGACUGGAUGUGCACCCAUUUUGAAGGGCACCCCCUGUUUGAGCGUGUGCCUCUGGAGGAGCUGAGUGACGACCCCAUUGUGGGACAUCUGGGCACCUCAACUGAGGAGGGAAAGAAAGUUCUGCGCAAUGGAGGAAAGAAUUUUCCAGCCAUUUUCCGAAGACUACAGGAUCUCACCCUCCAGGCAGUGACCCCCAAUCCCAUCCCUUCUAGCAACUGACUGCUUACCUUGCCUUAGGUGGACUCUUGGAUCUUCCAGGGACUGAAAAGAAGGUCAGGCCCCUGGACUUUCCCAGCUGAGAGUCCUGGGGUCGAGAGGCAACAGUCUCUUGAAGAAGUUGGAGAUCUGCUCAGGGCAGAACCCUGGUGUUCACAGCUACCCCGGACUCCUCUCAACUUCUUGGCCCUCUGCUACCAACUGAUAGCAAAAGAAGCUGACUGGGAAUGUCAAAAGACCUUGAACCAGAAAGGAUGUUUGGAAGGCUGUGGGGUCUUGCUCUCCCUCCACUGGCUGUCUAAACUGCCUGCUAGACCCAAAUCACCUAUCUGCUUGU